GACCCUGAUGUGGCUAAAUGCAAUUUAGGCAAAGUUUGAGUCAAGCCAAUGCUGGCAAGUGGUCCCACAGCAGGACCAUGCUCUAAGGAAUCUCUUACAGGGUUUUGUAGGGCUUACAUGUUUUGCUUGCCAGAUCCUUAAAGAGCCUGAUCCUUAGAGAAGUCACAAACCAUGUUUGUAUAUAUAUGCACCGAGUCAGUGAUUUGUUUGUUUGUUUGUUUGUAGGGAUGAUGAUUCAGAUGAUGAAAUAGAUGAUCAAGACAUACACAAAAUAAUGAUCGUCACUCAAACCCCACCUCCAGUCAAGAAACAUGACAGGACAGGAAGCUAUGUCACCAGAGUUAAAAUGACACAGGAACUUUCCAAAGCAAUUAACGAUGGACUUUACUACUAUGAGCAGGAUCUUUGGGAUGACAGUGAUGAUAGUUAUCUAAACAGGAAGAUUGUUCUUUCUUCAUCAAUGAAACGCGUUGAAAUUGUAAGUCAGGACAAAUUCAACUACCAGCGUGAUGCACUAGAACCACCAAGAGCUCGUUCAUUCACAGAGGCAGGAUUCCCUCCACCCAGCCCUCCCAUAACAACAGUUCCCCACACUGCUCUUUCACCAUCAGCAGAAGUGUUCCGUCCCCGAGCCAACACUGCCCCCACCGAACCCCUGUCUAGAUCUCUCCCGACUGGUGUUCCCGAGUCUCCCAACAAGGAACUCGCACGACAUGGAUCACGCACACCGAAGAGGAAAGAUGUCAAGGUUGCGCCUAGGUUCUUUCCUGCUUUCAGCAAGGAGAAUAUCAGUGACCAGGGUCCAAAGAAAAGAAAGACAAAAUACAGUCAGAAUCCACCUGUGGAACAGCAUGUUGGCUGGGUGAUGGUCUCCAAGGAGUAUCCACCACCAAGAAGUCCAAGCUACAGUGUCUCAGAGGGUAUGGCUCCUGUUGUUGGUAGUUAUGGAUCAACACCACAACCAAUCCCACGCUUCCAGCAUCCCUCACAUGAACUUCUACAGGACAAUGGCUUUACGCAACAACUCUACUCUAAAUAUCACAACAAAUGUCUGAAAGAGAGAAAAAAGGUGGGAAUUGGUCAAUCACAAGAGAUGAAUACAUUGUUUAGAUUCUGGUCAUUCUUCCUGAGAUCUCAUUUUAAUAGGAAGAUGUAUGAUGAGUUCAGAGCAUUAGCAGUAGAAGAUGCCUUAGCGGGAUACAGAUAUGGGUUGGAGUGUCUCUUCAGAUUCUAUAGUUACGGCCUUGAAAAGAAAUUCAAGGCAGACUUAUUCAAAGACUUCCAGACAGAGACAAUGAGAGAUCAUGACCAAGGGAAUCUCUACGGUCUAGAGAAGUUCUGGGCAUUCCUCAAGUAUUACAAAGGGAAAACAAGGUUUGAAAUUGAUCCAGAGCUUCAAAAGCGCUUAGAAAAGUACAAGACGAUAGAUGAUUUCAGGAAUGAUCCAAUGAAUCAGUUCCCUGUGGACCCACACAGCAACAAGCCACGAUCAAGACACAACUCGCACAGUGAUAAACACGAUCAUCACCCUCAUGGUUCCAAGGAAGACCCAAAGACCAUCAAGGAGGAAAAGCGGAGUCAGAAAAGCAGUGAAAGCAGUGAUACAAAAAAGAAGAGUACAGAGAAGAAAACAGAAAAGGAAAGUUCAUCAGAAGGAAAAGGCAAAAAGAGUGCUGCAACUGGUAAACAGAGCCAUACAGCUUCACCUUCUGAAGCUACUUCAGGAAAAGUUGCAUGUGGUAAAAGCACUUCUGGGAAAGCAACUUCCAAUAAAAGCCAUUCUGGUGCAGGAGUUUCCUCAGAAAGGACAGACGCUAAAUGGGAAACUUCUGGAGAGUGUGCGUCAGCCUCUGACAAAGGGGUGACCUCUAAAUAAGAAGCGAUUGCCACUAAGACAUUUGCAAUGUACAAGACUUGGUUCUAAUUUAAAUACCACAAAAAAUUUAAAAAGAUGAAAACGGGAAAAAAAAUGCAGAAAAUCUUUAUAAUAGUGUGUUAUUGACCGACAAACCUGCCUGCAGUCUGCAUUGAUGCCAUCCUGGGAAAAAAGUAGUUAUUUACAAGACUAGCUCUAAUUGAAAGUGAAAAGAGGAUUCUCCAAUGCUGUUUGAUGAAAUUAAUUUGGCGAUCCUGUACCAAGGCAGUGUUUCACCGUAGUGGCAUUCUGUCAACCCAACCAAGGAUGAAACAAUCAACUGGAAAACAUCAAUAUUGCAAUUACAAAGAAAUUCCUGCUCAUGGAGAUCUGGAGGAGUAUUACCGGCCACAUUCACCAUGCGGAACAACUGAGAAGAUAUCAGUUGGUUAUCAACUGUCGUGGAAUAAAUUUACUGAGUACUAUGAAGACGUCUGUUAUAUAGCAGGGACAAAUAUGGCUUCAUUAUGAACUACUGCCACUUGCCCCAGACGCAUAGUGAUGAUUUCCUAACUUCUCUCUGACAAAUGUUAGACAAAUUCAUUUGGCCCAGUUGUGAGAAGCAAAGAUGUAAUCAUCUCUAGAGAAGUAUCUUGACUUGAACCAAACUCUCCAGAGGAGAAAUAUAUCUCAAUACAUGAUGACUUGAGUAGUAGGCUGAGAGAUUCUCUCACGUGCUUUAAAACUACGAUAUUUAAAAUUAUUUUUAUCAUUGUCAAGGUGAGUCAAACCUAUGGUAUUGCUGUUAUUAAUUGGGUUUAUCACAGAGGAAAUUUAUUGAAUUAUAUAUAGUGUUAGAAUUGCACAGAAAUACUGAUUGCUUCCCUCAGUUCAGUAAGGUCUUGCAGUCAAUUCACUUCAAAAAGUACAAGUACAUUCGGGUUGCUCUAAGUGACAUGCGAAAUAUAACUGUUGCUGUUUAGUGAUUGGCCACACUUAACUAACUUUUAAAUGAAUACAGCAAAUGUAUUUAGUUAAAAUAGCAGUCUCUGAUAACAAGAAAACCGAAAGAAUUUGUGGUCAAAACAGCAUAAUUUUGGAACGGAAAAAGCAGUGGAUGUUUUCUCGGUACCCCAGCUGGAAUCUAGUUCAGUCUAAACAUAGCCUCUGAUGCUACGAAAUUAUCCAUAACAUUUAAGGUCAAUCUUUAUCAAUAAUAUUGGUGAAUGUUUCGUCACGUUUCGAGCUUGUAGUUGAAGAUGACAAGCGACAUGAUCAAAAGCAGUGUGACUGGGCCAAAAACGUUUUGAACAUCAAUUCUUUAAGUGUGUGCCAUGCGGAAUGUAAAGCAGGUUUUAAGUAUCUUUUAAAGUGAAUUGAGUGAACCACUCCAGAGUCCUUUUAUGAAGCUCUUUUAAGUGUGAUCUAAAUUAUAACAUACUACUUAAACCUGGAGCAUUUCUAGUCUGAUUUAGUUGUAUAUAGAGAUUUGUAAGUUAUUAAUCAUCGCCCAAAAUCUCCCUUUAUUAAGGAUAACGUUGGACUUGAAAGAACAAAAUAUAGAAGCUCUGGCGAGAGGUAGUUCAUACCUCAAAUGUAACUGAAAAACUUUAAGAUUUUUCUUUUCUUUUGAGGUGAAUUAUCAUUAUCAUCAUCGUCAUAAUAAUAAUUAUUAUUAUUAUUAUUAUUAUUAUUAUUGUUAUUAUUUUGAGUUUGAUUUUACAGAAAUGUUUGCACCUUCAUGAACAUUUGGGGAGCAUUGAGUAGAGUUUUAAGUAUUAAUGGUAUUGAAGUAGCUUGUAAUGUAAAGUUAAUUUGCAUUUUGAUGGAAGGAAAUUUGGUCAAUCAGUUGAAGGUGAAAACGCGAAAAAUGUGAAAUUCAAAUAUACAGUCGGGGGGGGGGAUUUGAUUGAACUUUCAGGAGGGAUGUCGCCUAGCAGCACGACUUAAGGAGCUAUGUCACAGUUUYCGCUUCUUGAAAUGUUUAGCUUAAUUUUUUCAAGUUCGUCGUUUGAAAUCCGUGUUAAUCUUCUCCGUCCAUAACCAUCCUUGUUCUUUUAUAGU